AUGGAGAAUCAAACUGAUUCAUUCGUCUUCCUUUUCCUUGGACUUUCAGGUGAUCCUCAACUACAGAUUUUCCUUUUCUUGAUCUUUUCAAUAAUUUUUCUAAUUACACUGUUAGGAAACAUCAUAAUAAUUUUGAUCAUAAGAAUGGAUCUUUCUCUCUCCACACCCAUGUAUUAUUUCCUCACCCAUUUGUCCUUUGUUGAUAUCUGUUACUCUACAGAUAUUGUCCCUAAGAUGUUAAUGAACUUUCUUAUGAAACAAAAGACAAUUUCCUUCACUGGUUGUAUUAUUCAAAUGUUUUUCAGUUUUCUACUAAGUGUUACAGAUGUUUUUCUACUUUCAGCAAUGGCAUAUGACAGAUACAUUGCUGUUUGUCACCCACUUCAUUACAUAAUGAUCAUGAAUAAAGUAAUAUGUACUUAUCUGGUUACAGGAGCAUGGCUAAUGGGUUUAUUAUCUGCAACUAUAAACACAGUUCCCAUAUUUGGCUUACAGUUUUGUGGCCUUCGAGAAAUUAAUCACUUCAGAUGUGAACUUCCAUUACUAUUGAAAGUAUCUUGUUCUGACACUUUUCUUAAUAAUGGGAUUCUUUUAUUUUCUGUAUUGUUUUUUGGACUUGGUUCUUUCUUACCAACUUUGAUCUCCUACAUUCACAUCAUGACCAGCAUCAUGAAGAUCCAUUCUGCAGAGGGCAGAAGAAAAACUUUCUCCACCUGCAGUUCUCAUCUCACUGUGUUGGGUUUGCUAUACAUGACUGGAAUGUCUCAGUACAUGAAACCUAGCAGUGUAUCUUCCAUUACACUGGAUGAACUUUUCUCUAUUCAGUACAGCAUUUUGACCCCCAUGCUGAACCCAAUUAUCUAUAGUCUGAAAAAUGAGGAAGUAAAGAAGGCACUUAGAAGAAUAUUUACAAAAAAAGCCUUCAAAAAUAUG